AAUCCAGUGCUUUUUUUUUAUCCCGCUACAAGGUUUUAAUAAUUAAUGUUGAUCAACAACCUUAAGUUUCAUUUUUUCCCUUCAAACCAAAUUCAUGAAAUUCAUCAAUUUCCAUAAGUUAGCAUUAUCAGCAGAAAGAAAAUUAUAAAGUUUUCUAUGAAAUCCAUCUUCAAAUCUUUUAACUGCUGAAAGCCCAGUUUUCCUGUACUGUUUGUUCUGCCAUUGUUUUACUUACAGCAAGCAAAACAAUGAAACUGAUGAUGUCUUUCUCUUCAACCUUGUUAUGGAUAACAACAUUGUUGGUCACUGUAAGCUCAGAUCUAGCUUCCGACAAGGCAGCUUUAGUGGCUCUUCGAACAGCUGUUGGUGGACGCUUACUUCUAUGGAAUCUGUCGAGCAGCCCAUGUAAUUGGACUGGUGUAUACUGUAGCGGUAACAGAGUAGUGGAGUUAAGAUUGCCUGGAAUGGGACUAUCAGGCAAGCUUCCUAUCGCCAUUGGCAACUUAACUCAGCUUCAAUCACUUUCUCUUCGUUUCAAUGCUCUUUUUGGGCCAAUCCCAUUUGAUUUUCCCAAGCUUACUUCCCUUAGAAACCUCUAUUUGCAAGGCAAUGGAUUUUCUGGUAAAAUUCCUGUGUUUUUGUUCACUUUGCAGAACCUGGUUAGACUUAACCUUGCAGAUAAUAAUUUCACUGGUUCGAUCCCUGAGAGUGUUAACAAUUUGACCAGGUUGGGUACUUUGUAUUUGGAGAACAAUCAAUUAUCUGGUUCAUUACCAGAUAUUGAUUUGCCUUCUCUUGUACAAUUCAAUGUUUCUUUAAAUCAGUUAAAUGGGUCAAUCCCAAAAGGAUUAUCAAACAAACCAAAGACUGCUUUUCAAGGGAAUGCUUUAUGUGGGAAGCCAUUGGAACUUUCAUGUAAUGGGACUGAUAGUAGUGAUAGUGAACUUUCAGGGGGAGCCAUUGCUGGUAUCAUUAUUGGUUCCGUGAUUGCUUUUAUAUUGAUUUUGGUUCUCUUGAUAUGUUUAUGUAGAAGGAAAAGUGGUAAGAAAAUGGAGGCUCAGGCAAGGGACGUUGCCCCUUCAAAACAGGCUGAGGUUGAAAUUCCUGGAGAUAAGGUGGUAUCAAUGGAGAAUGAUCAUAAUCAUCAUCAUAAUAAUAAUACAAGUAAUGGCUUGUCUGGGGUUGUCAAAAAGGAUGCAAAGAGCAGUGGUAAAGGUAAGAAGAGCUUGUCGUUUUUCCGGACGGGGGCCGAGGUGUUCGAUCUGGACAAUUUGUUGAGAGCUUCAGCAGAGGUGUUAGGGAAGGGAACAUUUGGGACAACCUAUAAGGCCACAUUGGAGAUGGGGUUGGUUGCUGCAGUGAAGAGGAUUAAGGAUGUGGCGGUGCCGGAGAAGGAACUUGAGGCAAAAAUGGCGGCUGUCGGAGCCAUGGAUCACCACAACUUGGUCCCGUUAAGGGCGUAUUACUUCAGUGGGGAUGAGAAGCUUCUUGUUUAUGAUUACAUGCCCAUGGGAAGCUUGUCUGCACUUUUGCAUGGCAACAAAGGAGCUGGUAGGACACCAUUGAAUUGGGACACACGGUCAAGCAUUGCACUUGGAGCAGCUAGAGGCAUUACAUACCUCCAUUCCAAGGGACCAUUAAUCUCACAUGGAAACAUCAAAUCCUCAAAUAUCCUACUCACUACAUCCUACGAAGCUCGUGUGUCCGAUUUCGGUCUUGCUCAGUUUGCUGGCCCCACAUCGAAUCCCAACCGUGUUGAUGGCUACCGUGCUCCGGAAGUAACCGAUACUCGUAAAGUAUCUCAAAAAACCGAUGUCUACAGCUUCGGUAUAUUGCUUCUAGAAUUACUUACGGGAAAGGCACCUACACAUGCCUUACUGAAUGAGGACGGUGUAGACCUCCCAAGAUGGGUCCAAUCCGUAGUUCGAGAGGAAUGGACAGCCGAGGUGUUCGACCUCGAACUUCUAAGAGACCCCAAUGUUGAGGAAGAUAUGGUCCAACUCUUACAACUUGCCAUUGAUUGCACUGCUCAAUACCCCGAUAAGCGUCCUUCCAUGGCCAAUGUGACGAGCCAAAUCGAGCAACUUUGUCGAUCAACCUCCGAGAAAGAGAGUCAUCAAAUCCAUAAUGAAGCUCCACCUUCUUCAUUAAUGGACUAAAACUAUCAGCGACCUUCCAUUUUCAUUAUGUUCAGAUAGAGUUUUGAUUCUUUAAGAAAUAUGUUCCCCCAUGGCAAUAUUUUUCUUAUUUACCGGUAAUUAUUUUGCUGUUUUAUUAUAUUGUAUUUGGUAAGGGGACAUCAUGUUUUACUUGGUUUGAAAAUGCGAAAUGCUAAAUAAUUGUAUA